CCCUACUGCCAGCAAGGGGACGUCUGCUGUCACGGCCGCGACGACGGCUGCACCGUGCCCUACCAUGACACCCUCUGCUACUGCGACCUCUUCUGCAACCGCACCAUCUCCGACUGCUGCCCUGACUUCUGGGAGUACUGCCUGGGCAUCCCGGCCCCCUUCCCCAAAGCCCCAGGCUGUGCCCGUGCCGGCCGCGGCUACCCCACUGGAGCCACAUACCGGGAGAACUGCAACCUAUGCACUUGCGGCCCCAGCGGGCAGUGGCAGUGCGAGGACCACGCCUGCCUGAUGGACGGGGAGCUGAUUGACGCCGUCAACAGGGGCAAUUACGGCUGGAGAGCUGCCAACUACAGCCAGUUUUGGGGCAUGACGCUGGAGGACGGGAUCCGGCACCGCCUGGGCACCUUCCGGCCCUCUCCCACCGUCAUGAACAUGAAUGAGAUGCACAUGAACAUGGACUCCAACGAGGUGCUGCCCCGCCACUUUGAUGCAGCCGCAAAGUGGCCUGGGAUGAUCCAUGAGCCCCUGGACCAGGGCAACUGCGCCGGUUCCUGGGCCUUCUCCACGGCGGCCGUCGCCUCGGACCGCAUCUCCAUCCACUCCAUGGGACACAUGACGCCCUCCCUGUCGCCCCAAAACCUCCUGUCCUGCGACACACGUGGGAUGGAGAGUGGGGUUAUGGGGAGGGGGGUGGUGACGGACGAGUGCUACCCCUUCACCAGCCAGGAGAGCCAGCCGGUGGCACAGCCCUGCAUGAUGCACAGCCGCUCCACGGGCAGGGGCAAGCGGCAGGCGACGGCGCGCUGCCCCAACCCCCAGACCCACGCCAACGAGAUCUACCAGUCCACCCCCGCCUACCGCCUCUCCUCCAGCGAGAAGGAGAUCAUGAAGGAGCUGCUGGAGAACGGCCCUGUGCAAGCCAUCCUGGAGGUGCACGAGGAUUUCUUCAUGUACAAGAGUGGGAUCUAUCGGCACACGCCGGUGGCUGAGGGGAAGGGGCCGAAGCACCAGAGACACGGGACCCACUGGGUCAAAAUCACCGGGUGGGGAGAAGAGCAGCUGCCUGAUGGCCAGACCCAAAAAUACUGGACCGCGGCCAACUCCUGGGGCACGGCGUGGGGCGAGGGCGGCCACUUCCGCAUCGCCCGCGGCGUCAACGAAUGCGAGGUGGAGACCUUCGUGGUGGGCGUCUGGGGCCGCAUCAGCAUGGAGGACAUGACCCAUAAGUGAGCACCCCCCUGCCCACGGCCCCCUCAUCACGGGGCCCCCCAGCCCCACAGAUGUCCUUGUCCCCACGAUGACCCUGCCCAGCACCACAGCCCCUCCGUCCCCUCCUGGAGGCACCCGUGGGGUGGGACCCCCACACAGCCCCGUGCCGCCGGGCAGGGGGAUGGGACUGUCCCCUCGAUCCCCAUCCCCGGGGGCCACGUGCCCCCGCUGUGCUGACGCGGCGGCUGGGUGCAGUGGUGCGUGCACGGGGCAUGCGGCCGGGGGUGCCCUGGGGGCCCGUCCUGUGUCCCAUGGGAUUUACCCACUAAUCCCUGGGCUCGGCUGAGCUUCGAGCUUCAGUGGCAGCCGGGUGCUCUUCAAAGGUGGCCGCCCCCCGCCCU